AAGCAUUAAAUUUUUGCUCACAUAUUUUAGAAUGCUUAACAGCAUUUCUGAUCAAAAUAUUUUGGCUUAAAAUUUAGGCUAAAGGACAUUUUAGAUCAUAACAAUAUUAUGUCGAUAAAGAUGAAAUAUUAGUAACACUGUAACCGUCAUAACAAUGGUAUUAUUCUCUCCUGAUUUAAAUCAAAAAACUUUCAACAUUAUUACCGAAGUAACGGAGAUAAAGAGAAACAUCGAAAUACCAGUGAUAUGGCAUCUGAGUCAACAAUUCCCUUAAUUAUACCAGAAAAUAUAUGGAUUGGACCGAUAGCUCCAAUCGAUGACAGUAUCAAUAUCGGAGAAUUGAUUUUGAAUACAUUUAAAUCUAAACCGGAUUUCAUUGGCCAAGUGGAUGCAAAGACGGGAGAAAAAAACACAUUCCAACAGAUGAGAGAACGAAGUGUAAAAUGUGCAUUAUGGUUGAAGAAAUUUGGCGUUCGACGUAACGACAUUGUGACAGUGUGCACAUCAAAUCAUUUGGAUACUUAUAUACCGUAUUUGGCGACUUUGUAUAUCGGCGCUAUUUUAUCUGUAUGGCAUGAAUAUCGCACGAUAAAUUUAAGAUACUAUAUACAAAGUGGUCCAAAGGUAAUUUUUGCCGAUAUCGACAAAGCUCCGGUAAUUCUUAAAGUGGCAAAACUAAUGAACGUGUCUACAAAAAUUAUAGUUUUUAAAAAGAAAAGCAAAAAGGAAAAGCAAUUCGAAUCUGUAAAAUCCAUCUUAAACAGUGAUUUUGAUAAAGACGAAAUCGAUGAAUUUUCUUGUACAAAAUUGGAGAGUAACAGGGACACCGCAGUGAUUCUGUUUUCUUCUAGUACAAUUGGUUAUAUUCGCAAACAUGUUGCAAUUCCAUAUGCAUUUUUUACAUCUCCAUCGAACCAGCAAAUGCCCGUUAUGUCGUCUAAUGACGUAGGUCUGUGGGUCGAAUCUUUACAUUGGAAUAUCAGUUUGAUUUUGACAAUUCGCUGUAUUCUUUCGUACGUGAAGGCGAUCAAAAUAAAUGAAUUUUCAAAUCCAUCACUUGAAGAGUGCUUUUGUAAUAUUAUACAAAAGUAUAAGGUAAAUUGGGUAUUUUUAAAAAUGGGUAUGGUUGAACAAUUUUCUAACUUUGAAGUUUUUGAAAGGUACAAUAUGUCUUCCUUGAAACAAAUGAUAUACAGCUGUAGAAAUACUUCAUUUACUUGUUUCUCAUCACUUGUCACUGUGUUGCCAAACGCUGUUGUUACUCGAGCAUACUGUCUACCUGAAACAGGUAUGAUUGCUUUCCAUCACAACAAUGGAGAAAGAUUGUUUUCUUACUUGAGUACAAAUGUUGCAUUACUGUUUGCUGAUUUUAAUACUACAUUACCGUUGCCACCUUUCAAACAUGGUUUUAUCUGGUGCACAUCUCCGUCCUUGACAAACGGCUACUUUAAUUCUACGACUGGAGAUAUAAUUGCUGUUACCGAUAAUGGGUGGUUUCAUACCGAUGAAAUAGGCUAUGGCAGUGAAAACAGUGGUAUUCGCAUUAUCGAACGAGGUAAAGAAGGUAACAUUAUAUCAUACAGAAACUAUCAGUUUCCACCAUUCCAAAUUGAGUCAGUGUUACAAGCGCAUCCGGAGAUAGAACAGGCUGUUGUAGUACCUAUAUAUAAUUUUUCCGAUGGUCAUCAUCCAAUGGCGUUGGUUAUAAAAAAGGAGGGAUCAAAGAUAACGGAGGAAGACAUAAUUAAAUUUGUAGCGCAGCAUAUAGAUGACGAUCGUAAGCAGCUUCGUGCAGGAGUACUGUUUAUGAAAACUCUGGCAAACUUUCAUUCUGGACAUUACGAUCGUAGAACAAUUUGCAAAUUUGCGAGGGAGCACUCCACAGUUCCUUUUAAGAUAAAAAACAAUGUAUUGAUUGGCGAGGAAGAUUCAAUUGAUGACAAAUGCAUCAAUAUAGGGGAAUCGGUUUUGAAUGCAUUUAAAUCUAAACCGGACUUCAUUGGCCAAGUAGAUGCAAAGACGGGAGAAGAAAAUACAUUCCAACAAAUGAGAGAACGCAGUGUAAAAUGUGCACUAUGGAUGAAGAAAUUUGGCGUUAAAUGUAACGACAUUGUUACAAUGUGCACGUCCAAUCAUUUGGAUACUUAUAUACCGUACUUGGCAUCUCUAUAUAUUGGUGCUAGUUUGUGUGUAUGGCACGAAUAUCGCAUAAUUAAUUUAAUACACUAUUUACGAAGUGAUCCAAAAGUAAUUUUUACCGAUAUUGAUAAAGCUCCGACAAUUCUCAAAGUGGUAAAUAUGACGAAGGUUUCUACGAAAAUUAUUAUUUUAAAUAAAAAAAGCGAAGAGGAAGAGGAAUUCGAAUCUCUGGAAUCCAUCUUAAACAGUGAUUUUGAUGAACAUGAAAUCGAUGAAUUUACUUGUGCAAAAUUGGACAAUAAAAAGCACAUUGCAGUAAUACUUUUUUCUUCCGGUACAAUUGGUGAUAUUCGCAAACAUGUGGCAAUUACACAUGCAUUUUUCACAUCUCCAUCGAACCAGCAAAUACCCAUUAUGUCGUCCAAUGAUGUAGGUCUAUGGUUUGAAUCCUUACACUGGAAUAUCAGUUUGCUUUUGACAGUUCGCUGUAUUCUUUCGUACGUGAAGGCGGUCAAAAUAAAUAAAUUUUUAAACCCAUCGUUUGAAAACUGUUUUUGUGAUAUUAUACAAAAAUACAAGGUAACUUGGGUAUUUCUGAAAAUUGCUAUGAGUGACGACUUUUCUAAAUUUGAUGUUUUUGACAAGUACGAUGUCUCUUCUUUGAAACAAAUAAUAUUCGGCGGUAGAACUGCUCUACUAAACAAACACAAAAAUUUUGUCAGUUCGCUGCCAAACGCUUCUGUUAUUCAAGCGUACUGUUUACCUGAAAUGGGUGUGAUCGCUUACCAGCGAGAAACUGGGAAAGCUGGAUCUAACGGUUACGUGACUAAAACUGUUAAUUUGAUGAUUACUAAUUAUGUUAAUGGAUCAAUCUUAAAAGCAAACAAAAUGGGCGUUAUCUCUUGCAAAUCUUCAUAUAUGAAGAACGGUUGCUUCAAUUCUAUCCCCGGAGAUUUAGUGCCUGUUACCGAUAAUAGUGGAUGGUUCAUUACCAAUGAUGUAGGCUAUUACGAUUCAGAUGGUGAUAUCUACGUCUUGGAUCGUAAAAAAUAUAUUAUACAAUACAAAGAAAGUUAUUUUUUACCGCUAAAUAUUGAGCAAGUGUUACUAAGACAUCCGGAGGUAGAAGAUACUGGUGUGACACCUAUAUUUAAUACUUUUGACGGUCAACAUCCAUUGGCGUUUGUUGUACGAAAGAAGGGAUCAAAGGUAACGGAGGAAGAGUUAAUAGAAUUUGUAGCGAAAAAUGUAACCGAUUGCAUGAAGCUUCGUGCAGGCGUGCUGUUCAAGGACGAACUGCAAUAUUUGCCUAAUGGAUGGCUGGAUCGUAGAACUCUUUGUAAGUGGGCAAAAGAUGAUCUAAAGGAUAAAGCAUUUCUUUCUAAAAAGGCUUCUAAAAAAGCUUAAUUGAUUUAUAUUAGCGCUAUAUUUAUUUUAUAGUCUGCAGAAAUAGAUAUUAUUUAAAUAAGCUGAUGUACGACUGUAGGAUUACAUAAUAUGACAAAACUUUAAUGUGCUGUAAUCUGUAAUAUAAAUAUAUGACGCAUUUGCCAUGUUAGGCUUUCAGUAAAAAAUAGAUAUACAUAUAUACCUACAUAUAUAUGUAUAUAUUGUAUCGUCAACAUAUGUAGUAACAAAUAUUUUUUUUAUUAUUUAAAUACAGUUUUCAAUAAUAUAUGCAAAUAUGUAAAUUAAUUAUUGAAUUGCGGACGUGACAGUCGCGCGCAUAGUGUGGUGCCUAUUUUUUUCAUAACAUAAUUUUUUUAUACCUAACAUGUUCUAGAAUAAAAAUU